AUGGCCGCUCCGGUCCUUGAGCACCUUUCUGCCACUUCUUCUUCGACAGCAACACCCCAGCCCCAAACAUUCCGCAUUCUUGUCAUCUCUGGCGACCAUGUCGGCCCCGAAGUCAUGGACGAAGCCCUUCGAGUCCUCGACACCGUCGAGAUCACAUCCCAGGGCCGGAUCAAGUUUGACCUGAACCAUCAACUUGCUGGGGGUUGCAGUAUCGACAAGCACGGUACGCCGAUCACGGACGAAGUAUUGAGAAUCGCCAAGGAGGAGAGCGAUGCGGUAUUGUUUGGCAGCGUCGGGGGCCCGAAAUGGGGAACAACCUACCCGAACCCGGAAUCUGGUCUCCUCCGCCUCCGCCAACACCUCGACGCAUUCGCUAACAUUCGCCCCUGUGCAUUCUACUCCAGGAGCCUUGUCCACCUGUCACCGCUGAAACCCUCUCUCGCCGAGGGGACCAACUUUAUCGUCCUCCGCGAGAACACCGGCGGUGCAUAUUUCGGGCCCAAGGUCGAGGAAGCGGACUUUGCCAGCGACUCGUGGGCGUACAGGAGAGAUGAGAUUGAGCGGUGCGCGCGCGUGGCUGCCGCGUUGGCGACCACGCUGGGCAAGGAUGGGAAAGGGAAAGGAAAUGGUGGUCCCGCUACGGUGUGGUCGAGCGACAAGGCCAACGUUCUCGCGUCAGGACGCCUUUGGAGGAGAGUCACGAGCGAGGUCUUCGAGAAGGAGUUCCCGCACAUUGACCUGAAGCAUCAGUUGGCGGACAGCCUGUCGAUGAUCAUGGUCAAGGACCCCAAGGUGUUCAACGGCGUGAUCCACACGGACAACACCUUUGGCGACAUGCUGUCUGAUCAGGCCGGUGGCGUGGUUGGCACGUUGGGGGUUUUGCCCAGUGCAAGUCUUUGCGGCAUUCCCGAUGGCAAGACGCGAUGUAACGGCAUUUACGAGCCGGUGCACGGCUCCGCACCAGAUAUUGCAGGAAAGGGCAUCGUCAAUCCUGUGGCUCAGAUUCUCUCCGCAGCAAUGAUGCUCCGGUACUCAUUCAACCUGACAGCCGAAGCAGCAGCGAUUGAGGCCGCUGUUGAAAAGGUCCUAGACGCAAAGGAUAUCGGUGGUCUGGAGAUCCGGACCGGCGAUCUGGGUGGCAAAGCAACCACGAAGGAAGUCGGCGACGCGGUAUGUCGCGUUCUCGAGCAGAUUCUCAUGGAGGACUCGGCCGGUGCACCGGCUGCGGCAAGUGGGAACGCAGUGCCUGGUGCACCACCCGCGGCCCCGUCCAGCAUAUCACACGCGGACGAGAAUAAGAAGUGGGAGGCCAAGCUGGUACAAGAGAAUGUGACUACAGGGCCCAAGACCGCGAUUCCUACAUCAUGA